AUGUUCGUCGACACCGAGAUCCCCACCUCUGCCGCUGCCUACGCCGCCAUUAGCAAGAAUGGCUCCAUCAAGAAGAAUGGUGUUGUGACCGACCCGUUCGCCACCCAGGCUUACAUCACCAAGAUGAAGCUGGACAAGGACGAGGUUACCCCCUCGCAGGUCUCUAUCGAUGGCUACACCCUCACUCUUGGUGACGUUGUGGCGGUCGCCCGCGACGAGGCCAAGGCCACUAUCUCGCCCAGCGUUCACGCCCUCGUCGAGGCCUCGGUCGCCUUCAAGGACUCGAAGAAGGACAUGUCCAUCUACGGUGUCACCACCGGCUUUGGUGGCAGUGCCGACACGCGCACCGCCGACACUGAGGCUCUCCAGAUCUCGCUCCUGGAGCACCAGCUUUGCGGUUUCCUCCCCGUCGACCCCACCUACGAGACGAUGCUUGUUCACGCCAUGCCCAUCCCCAUUGUUCGCGGUGCCAUGGCUAUCCGCAUCAACUCGUGCGUGCGUGGCCACUCUGGCGUUCGUCUCUCGGUCCUCCAGGCCAUGAGCGACUUCCUCAACCUCGGUAUUGUCCCCUGCAUCCCUCUCCGUGGCACCAUCUCGGCUUCCGGUGACCUCUCGCCACUUUCGUACAUUGCCGCCUCCAUCUGUGGCCACCCGGACAUCAAGGUCUUUGACACCCGUGCCAACCCCCCCAACGUCCUCUCUGCCCCCGAGGCGAUUGCCAAGUACAAGCUCCCCACUGUCACCCUUGCCUCCAAGGAGGGUCUCGGCCUCGUGAACGGCACUGCCGUCUCGGCUUCCGCCAGCGCCUUGGCUCUUUACGAUGCCGAGUGCCUUGCCAUGGUCGCUCAGACCAACACCGCUCUCACCGUCGAGGCCCUUAUCGGCCAGGUCGGUUCGUUUGACCCCUUCAUCCACGACACCAUCCGCCCCCACCCUGGCCAGAUCGAGGCUGCUCGCAACAUCCGCACCAUGCUUGCUGGCUCCAAGCUCGCUGUCCACGACGAGGAGGAGGUUCCCCUCACCGAGGAUGUGGGUAUUCUUCGCCAGGACCGCUACGCCCUGCGCACCUCGGCUCAGUGGAUUGGCCCCCAGCUCGAGUGCCUCGCUCUCGCUCGCAAGCAGGUCGAGGUUGAGCUCAACUCGACCACCGACAACCCGCUCAUUGACCUCAAGGAGGGCAAGUUCCACCACGGCGGCAACUUCCAGGCCAUGUCGUGCACCAGCGCCAUGGACUCGACCCGUAUCUGCCUCCAGAACAUUGGCAAGCUCGCCUUUGCCCAGGUCACCGAGCUCAUCAACGGCCAGAUGAACCGUGGCCUUCCCGCCAACCUCGCCGGCUCGGACCCUUCGACCAACUACCACUGCAAGGGCCUCGACAUCCACUCGGCCGCCUACACUGCCGAGCUUGGUUUCCUCGCCAACCCCGUGUCGUCGCACGUCCAGUCGACCGAGAUGCACAACCAGAGUGUCAACUCGAUGGCCUUUGUCUCGGCCCGCAAGACCAUGGAGGCCAACGAUGUCCUUGGUCUCCUCCUCUCGACCCAGAUGUACUGCGCCAUGCAGGCCCUCGACCUCCGCAUUGCCGUCACCAAGUUCCAGGUGGCCGUCGGCGACCUCCUUGACAAGGACCUGACCAAGUACUUUGGUGCGCUCCCCAAGACGCACCUCGCCGAGCUCAAGCAGAAGGCGUCGAUCGCCCUCGUCAAGCGCCUCGAGCAGACCACCUACGCCGACUGCACCGCCCGCUUCGACGACGCCGCGCAGCACCUCAUCGGCCUCAUCUUCGACUUCCUCGUCAAGCACGGUGACCAGUCGGCCAUCGCCCAGCUCGCCGACUGGCGCGUCGACUUUGCCACCAAGGCCGCGGACAUUUACCGCACCAUCCUCACCAGCCAGAUGACCGGCGCCGUCAAGCUCGACGACGCCAAGGAGUACCUUGGCAAGACGUACACCAUGUACGCCGCUGUGCGUGGCGACGUCGGUGUCCCUGUUCGCCGCGGCGAUGUCCAGCUCGGCAAGUCGGGCCGCAGCAUCGGCGGCUCGGUCUCCCAGAUCGUCCAGGCGAUCCGCGACGGCCGCCUCGUUGCCUCCGUCGGCCAGAUGCUCAACGAGUGA